UCAGCUUUCAUGUUUUUGUUUCAGCUAUCAGCAAUAAGUAGGCUAUACUGCUAUAUGUUUACGAGACAAUGAACAACAAAAAUGAAGUUUUUGCUGCUACUUUGGCAGAGGUUAUGCAAGAUCUAUUGAGUCAAGGCUCAGAAAUGCCACUCCAUUGUAAACCUGCAUUGCUCGUAGGUCGUCAAAGAAGGAGGAGAAUGGAACUGAAUAAACGAUUGCAUUGUUAUCAGCAAUUUAUGUAUGUUUCUGUUAAACUUCUAGAUAAUCUAAACUCAGGGAAAUGUCCGCCAAAAUAUGCACAGAACAAACCUGUUUCUUUUUCAAGUAAUGAUCCCGGGAUUCAUGGACAUAGUGGUAAUGAAAUUGUACCAGAGGAAAAUAGUAGACAAUCACCAUAUUUUGCAGAUGUCAAUCCCAAACCUUCCAUAGAACACCAUGGUCAUGUUAAUCAUUUGGCUCCUAAAACAAAAAAUACAAAUUUCAAAGUUACAUACCGAAAGAUGGAUAUUGAUUCAGUCGAUUGUAUACAAGAAGCUGAAAAAACUUCGGGUCAAGUCAUUAAUAUAUCCUGUAUAUCUGACGAUGGAAGAGGUACCGGUAAUUCAGAUAUAGAUUUAUUGAAUAAAUAUACUAAGAUGAAUUGGGAUUCGAGUGGGGAUGUAAAUUUGGAAUCUAGCAAACCUCAGCAGUGUACUUUAAAUAAUGUUAUAAGGGAUAAACUUGCUAAUAAUGAGUUACCUAAAGUUGAAGAUAAUAAAAAUGGGACAUCAUCACAAAAUGCCUCUCCUGUAUUGAAGCGGAGGAUGAUUUCACCUGUUUUGGUCACAAAAAAGCAUUGCAAUGAUACACAGUUCAAAAAACCUGUGUUGCCUCUUUAUGAUGUAAUAAAAAACCCUUCACUUUGUCAGAAACGACGACUUAGUAAAUUAAUAUGGCAUUCUUCACCUCAUGGAAAGUGCACAAGUACAUUCAGUUCAAUUGCACAACCUUCUAAGAAUUCGCUUAAAGUGCUUGUAACAAGGUCCAAAAAGACUAAAUCACUUCCAUUUAAAUCUGGUUUUCCACUGAAGGAGUGUACAGUCUUGUGUGCUAAAUUAAAACUUUAAUGACAGGAGUAAUUAACAUGAUGAAUACAGCAACAAAUCUUAAUACUUCGUUUUUUAUUAACCAGAAUUCUUUAUUAUAUUUGUACUUUUUUAAUGGUGACGGACGACUCAAGGAAUAAGAAUCUUAUCUGAUGCUCCAGCUGUUUUUUAUCAUUCAAUUUCCUGACAUAAAUUUUGUACUAUGCUUUGUCGAAUUUCUGUAUUUUCAAUACUUUUUAAUUUUUUUCUUUAAAAAUGGUUUGGUGUGUUAAAAGUGCUCAGGUCUUCAAGGAAUUGCAAUAUCUUCCUAAUUUGCUUAUAAAAUGAUUUUGUUUAUUUUCUUGAAAUUUCGUUGCAUUCCUAUUUUUUGUAUCCUAUUUUUACAUUUCCAG